AUGAGCGGCGGCGUGUAUGGUGGAGAUGAAGUUGGGGCUCUUGUUUUUGAUAUUGGCUCAUACACAGUGAGAGCAGGCUAUGCCGGUGAGGACUGUCCAAAGGUUGAUUUUCCAACAGCCAUUGGUGUGGUCCUAGAAAGGGACAAUGGCAGCACUCUCAUGGAGAUAGAUGGUGACAAAGGCAAACAAGGGGGCCCAACUUACUACAUAGACACCAAUGCCUUGAGAGUUCCAAGGGAAAACAUGGAGGCCAUUUCACCUUUAAAAAAUGGAAUGAUUGAAGACUGGGAUAGUUUCCAGGCAAUUUUGGAUCACACUUACAAGAUGCAUAUUAAAUCUGAAGCAAGUUUGCAUCCUGUCCUUAUGUCUGAAGCACCAUGGAAUACUAGAGCAAAACGUGAAAAACUGACUGAGCUGAUGUUUGAACACUACAACAUCCCUGCUUUUUUCUUGUGUAAAACAGCUGUUCUAACAGCUUUUGCUAACGGGAGAUCUACAGGUCUUAUUUUGGAUAGUGGAGCAACACACACUACUGCUAUUCCAGUGCAUGAUGGAUAUGUACUUCAGCAAGGUAUUGUAAAAUCGCCACUUGCAGGAGACUUCAUUACUAUGCAGUGCCGAGAGUUGUUUCAGGAAAUGAACAUAGAGAUAAUUCCUCCAUAUAUGAUCGCUUCAAAGGAGGCAGUUCGUGAGGGGUCACCAGCAAAUUGGAAGAGAAAAGAGAAGUUACCCCAGGUCACUAGGUCCUGGCACAACUAUAUGUGUAAUUGUGUCAUCCAGGAUUUUCAAGCUUCUGUCCUCCAAGUAUCAGAUUCAACCUAUGAUGAACAGGUAGCAGCACAGAUGCCAACGGUUCAUUACGAGUUCCCCAAUGGCUAUAAUUGUGACUUUGGUGCUGAGCGCCUGAAAAUUCCUGAAGGAUUGUUUGACCCUUCCAAUGUAAAGGGUUUAUCUGGUAAUACAAUGUUGGGUGUGAGCCACGUUGUCACAACAAGCGUUGGAAUGUGUGAUAUAGACAUCAGACCUGGCCUCUAUGGCAGCGUGAUUGUAGCAGGAGGAAACACUCUAAUUCAGAGUUUCACAGACAGAUUGAACAGGGAGCUGUCUCAGAAAACUCCACCGAGCAUGCGCCUGAAGUUGAUAGCAAACAACACCACGGUGGAGCGAAGGUUCAGCUCGUGGAUUGGUGGUUCCAUUUUGGCCUCUUUGGGUACUUUUCAACAGAUGUGGAUUUCUAAACAAGAAUACGAAGAAGGAGGGAAACAGUGUGUAGAAAGAAAAUGUCCUUAAACCUCUUACUGUGAAAACUGCUACCUGCUCAGUGCUCCCUCUGUUUUAUAGCUUUAGCAUACUCAGGAACGAGAUGGACUCUUUUUGUAGAAAGUUUAUAUUGGAUUUUUUGCAUCAUUCAAGUUCCAUUUUAACAAACUUUAGAGAU